GCCCGGUAAAGUGGUGGAAAGCGAGUUUAGUGGAGCUUAGUCGCCACUAGCAAACGUUUCGUGUUACACCAUUGCUCCAUACACUACGAAUAUUACGAAUAUUACGGCCUUUUUAUUUUUACAGAUAUCUACUUCCAAUUUCAAGUAGUUUGAACAAGAAUUCGAACGUGAAGACGAGAGAAAGAGAGAGAGAGAGAGAGAGAGAGAAAAGUGAAACAUGGCGGAGAAAAUGUACUACCCCAAUUCGGAGCUCGCGAGAAAGGCGCACUGCGCUAGCAUGGAACAAUACAAGCGAAUGCACGAGAAAUCUAUAAAGGAGCCGGUGCAAUUCUGGGGUGAAAUUGCCAAACAAUUUUAUUGGGAAACGCCAGCGAUCGAAGACAAGUUUUUCUCGUACAACUUUGAGCUGAGCAAAGGUGACAUUUUCAUAAAGUGGAUGGAGGGAGCAUCGACAAAUAUAAGUUUCAAUCUACUCGAUAAAAAUGUAAAGAGCGGAAAUGGUGAUAAAAUAGCAUUUUACUGGGAAGGAAACGAUCCAGAAGAUUAUUCUCGACUGACGUAUAGAAAGUUGCUCGAAGAAACGUGCAGAUUUGCAAAUGUUCUAAAAUCGAAGGGUGUCUCUGUGGGGGACAAAGUGGUGAUUUACAUGCCGAUGAUCUUGGAGCUACCAAUCGCCAUGCUGGCUUGUACAAGGAUAGGAGCGAUUCACAGCGUGGUGUUUGCAGGAUAUUCAUCUAAUUCGUUGGCGGAACGUAUCCUCGAUUCUAAAGCCAAGGUUCUAAUUACUACAGAUGGCGUGUGGAGAGGCGAGAAAUUACUCCUGUUAAAAAAUAUCUGUGACGAAGCUACAGCAAAGGCCAAGAAGCAUGGUCAUCAACUUGAAAGCUGCAUUGUCGUUGCGCAUCUGAGAAGACUCAACAAUCCUCAGGGUAAGAUAAAGGGAGUGAAUGGCACUAGCAACGGUACAGCCACAGAUAUCGCCAAUGUUUCUUGGGACGAUGAUCGGGAUGUUUGGUGGCACGACGAGAUGGAAGACGCAGAAGCGAGCUGUUAUCCAGUUUGGAUGACCGCCGAGGAUCCACUUUUUAUCCUUUAUACAAGCGGCUCUACUGGAAAACCCAAGGGCGUUCUUCAUACUACCGCGGGAUAUUUGAUCUACGCUGCAACAACUUUCAAAUAUGUUUUCGACUAUCAUCCAGGUGAUAUUUAUUGGUGUACCGCCGAUUGUGGUUGGAUCACAGGACAUACUUACGUGGUUUACGGUCCGUUGGCGAAUGGCGCAACAUCUGUUAUAUUUGAGGGUACACCCUUCUAUCCAGAAAAUGAUCGAUAUUGGUCCAUCAUCGAUAAGUACAAAGUCACGCAAUUUUAUACGGCACCAACGGCCAUCAGAUCACUAAUGAAGUUUGGUGAUGAACUUGUAAAGAAGCACAGCUUAUCCACACUUAAGGUCCUUGGUUCAGUUGGUGAACCGAUCAAUACCGAAGCUUGGCUUUGGUUUUAUAAUCUCAUUGGCCACGGCAAGUGCAGUAUAGCAGACACGUUUUGGCAAACGGAAACUGGUGGUCAUGUGAUUACACCGCUACCAGGUGCCACACCUAUGAAGCCAGGCUCUGCGACGUUUCCUUUCUUCGGAGUUUUACCAGAACUUCUUGACGAGGAUGGUCGCGUGAUUGAAGGCGAAGGAGAGGGAUACCUCGUUUUUCGUCGACCAUGGCCAGGCAUGAUGCGGACCCUCUACGGAAAUCAUCAACGUUUUCAAAAUACGUACUUUGAUCGAUUCAACGGAUUUUAUUGUACGGGGGACGGAGCGAGACGCGAUGCAGAUGGAUAUCUGUGGGUAACCGGCCGUAUCGACGAUAUGUUGAACGUUUCCGGUCAUCUAAUGUCAACGGCUGAAGUGGAAAGUGUGUUGGCGGAACAUUCUUCGGUAGCCGAGGCUGCAGUAGUCAGUAAAUCACAUCCUGUUAAAGGUCAAUGUCUAUAUUGUUUUAUAACUCCGAACGCGGGGACGACAUUCGAUGAAAAGUUACAAAUCGAGCUUAAAAAGAAAGUACGCGAAAGGAUUGGCCCAUUUGCUCAACCGGACGUUAUCCAGCAUGCUCCGGCUCUACCGAAAACAAGAUCCGGUAAGAUUAUGAGACGUAUGUUGAGAAAAAUUGCAGCAGGCGAUAAGAAUAUCGGAGAUACGUCAACAUUGGCCGAUGAAACUGUUAUUCAACUUCUUUUUGAAUUAAGGCCGUGUGUUUAA